AACACUCAGUACCUACCACUAGCCGCCGCCGUGGUGGACAGAACAUCGUAGUAGUGACCACUUUUAGCCUAGUUAUUUUUAACCCUAUAACGUAUUUUUUUACCAGUUGGAACCCUUAACAACUACACAAUAGCUAUGACGGGUUCAAAUAACGAAAACUGUGAGAACAAAAGCACAGUUGCUCGCCGGCGUUGGAAGAUAUUGGCAGAGGCACUACAGAGAACCAGUGCCAGGGAUGCCUCGCCAGACAGUGCCUCGACCAGAAAGUUCCAAUCUUUCGGUCUGUUGUCUUUCGAUUCUCUUGGGCAAGAUUUCUAUUCCGUCAGAUGCAUCAACUGGGACUUGAAAGUUACAGUAAGGCUUUUACGACGAGACUUCAGCCCAACUCAGCUUACGGGUUUCAACAAUACUGGCAACGUCUGUAUCUGGCCGUCGGAAGAGAUCCUCACGUAUUACUGCCUCGACAACCUCAGCAUAUUUUCCGGCAAGUCCGUCCUUGAGCUGGGAGGUGGGAUGACUUGUCUGGCUGGUAUGUUGGUUGCAGCCAGCGGUGAACCCUCCAAAAUGGUGCUGACAGACGGUAACGCCCUGUCUGUAAACAAUGUUAAAGUGUCUCUACAGAGGAAUUAUCUACCAAUGGAAACUUAUACCAGGGUACUUCGCUGGGGAGUUCCGGAUGAAGUUUCUCCACAUCAGGGGAAAUUCGAUGUUGCCAUGUGUGCCGAUUGUCUGUUCUUUGAUGAAGGAAGAGAGAGUUUGUUGUCCACAUUACUCAAGGUGCUGCGGCCUGGGGGUACGGCACUGGUCGUGGCACCGUCCAGGAGCGGCACCUUCCAGACUUUUGCCAGUAUGUGCCGCCCACACUUCAUGGUGGCUGUUGUUGAGAAGUACGAUCAAGUGGUCGAUCAACACGUCCAAAAGCAGACUACAAUGGACCCUUACUACAAUAAGAACCUACACUUCCCUCUGCUUAUGAUACUGAAGAAGAAAAUUGGGACCAACUAAUGAACCACCAAGAUGAAUCUGUCAGUAGAGGUACAAGUGUUUGGAAAGAUCUAUUUAUUUAUUUAUUAACUCGAGAAAUACAAUGACAAAUGUUUACGUAUGAAGAUUAACUCUAUUUAUUUAUUUAUAUAACUCGAGAAAUACAAUGACAGGUGUUUAGGUAUGAAAAUGAACUCUAUUUAUUUAUUUAUUAACUCGAGAUAUAUAAUGACAGCUGUUUAGGUAUGAAGAUUAACUCUAUUUAUUCACUCGAGAUAUAUAAUGACAGCUGUUUAUAAUGACAUAAUUGAAGUUAAAUGCAUUUAUAAUGACAUAAUUGAAGUCAAAAGUGUUUAUAAUGACAUAAUUGAAGUCAAAUGUGUUUAUAAUGACAUCAGCUUAGUGAAGUCAAAGUGCAUCUUAAACUUUGUGGCCUGUUAUUAUCAAACUGUGCUUUAUCCAUUGUUAACACCCUUCAUUAGGUUAGUGUUAGGUUAGGUUAGUGUUUGGUUAGUGUUAGGUUAGUGUUAGGUUAGUGUUUGGUUAGGUUAGUGUUAGGUUAGAGUGUAAUCCUGAGGUGCGUCUUGUGUGUCUACAGUGUCAUCUCCCUGAACAGUGUAAAUAAGAGUCAUUAAUCAGGCUGUGACAAUCAUUAAAUGACCCUUAGAUCUAGUCGAACGAGGAGAACACUCUUAGGACGCACUUCGGAAUCAUCUCUGGGCUGUAAAUAUGUCAAACAAGGUGAUUUAGUUGUUGAUGGUUGUUAACUGUUAUUGAUGUAGUCUUAAGGUGUUAUUUAAUUUAUUUAGGACUGUUUAUUUAACAUGUUAACAUUAAACUUUAUCAGCCUACAUGAAUGUUCAGGUGUCAUGUUGAGUGUACAGUAUGUUGUGUGUACAGUAUGUUGUGUGUACAGUAUGUUGUGUGUA